GAUCGGAGACUGCAGUAGGGGCAGCAGGAGCCUGGCAUGGAGGGAUCUGACCAGCGGUUGGUGCUGGGCAUGAACAUGGGUGACGGGCGGCAGACACCUCCUGGGGAGCUGCGGACUCCCACCGAAGAGGGGCAGGAGCAGCGGACGCCUGUGCCUGAAGCCAUCUGUGAUGGGGGUGGGGACGCCAAGACCCCCCAGAGGACAGAGGAGGAGGAGGAAGAGCUAGACCCCCGAAUCCAGGAGGAACUGGAGCAUCUCAACCAGGCCAACGAGGAGAUAAAUCGCGUGGAGCUACAGCUGGAUGAAGCCCGUACAACGUAUCGGAGGAUUUUAUCAGAGUCUGCCAGGAAGCUCAACGCUCAGGGCUCCCAGCUGGGGAACUGCAUUGAGAAAGCACGUCCUUACUACGAGGCUAGGCGCUUGGCCAAGGAGGCUCAGCAGGAGACCCAGAAGGCCGCACUCCGAUACGAACGAGCGGUUAGCAUGCACAACGCGGCCCGGGAGAUGGUUUUUGUGGCCGAGCAAGGCGUGAUGGCAGACAAGAAUAGGCUCGACCCCACCUGGCAGGAGAUGCUCAACCACGCCACGUGCAAGGUGAACGAGGCGGAGGAGGAGCGGCUGCGCAGUGAACGGGAGCACCAGCGGGUCACCCAGCUCUGCCAGCAAGCAGAGGCCAAGGUGCAGUCUCUACAGAAGUCCCUGAAGCGGGUCAUUGUGAAGAGCAAGCCCUACUUUGAGCUGAAGGCUCAGUUCAACCAGAUUCUUGAGGAGCACAAGGCCCGGGUGACGUCCCUGGAGCAGCAGGUGGCCCAGGCCAAGAUGCGCUAUUCGGUGGCUUUGCGGAACCUGGAGCAGAUCAGCGAGCAGAUCCACGCCCGGCGGCUGCAGCGCCUGGUGGGGCGGCGGGCCUCCCCGGUCGGCGCCGAGGCCUGCCCGGCGGUGCUGUACGGAGGGUCGACGCUGCCUCCCGAGCCGGCCUCCUCCUCCGACACUCUCUCGGUGCUCAGCUUCCAGACCAUCGCGUCCGACCUGCAAAAGUUCGAUUCAGUCGAGCACCUGCUGGGGCUGUCUGACGCCGCCAGCCUGAACAGCGAUGAGCUGGAGGAGCGGGAGCAGCGCCGCAAUGCCCAGUCCCACUCCUUCAAGCACCACCGCAGCAUCAGCCUCUGACCCACAUCCGCCAGCA